GCUGAAAUAGAUCAAUAAUUAGCAAAUACUCUGAUAUGUAUAUGUAUUGCAUUUAAUCAAUCUGAUAGAAGCAGAAUUUUCAAAUUCUGACUUAUACGUGACAGUCAAAAUUCUAGCUAAAAUUCUAUAAAUAUUAGCGAUACAGUUUGAUUGUGACAUCAAGAAAUCUGUCUAUAUCAGCAAAAAAAUUUGUUAUAUGUUUGCUUUAUACAUUUAAAUGUAGCAGGAAUUAAGGACAAGGACUGUAGCCUUUGUUAUCGUAAAUUUAAUAUAAAAAUAUUGACAAAAUUAGUUAACUCUUUCAGAUAUACCAUAUAUAUAUAUAUAUAUAUGUGUGUGUGUGUGUGUGUGUAUGUGUGUGUAUUUAUAAUACAACUUUUAGAAUAAAUCCCUUAAAGGCAAAGUAAUAAUUGGCAACAAUAUUCGAUGUGUAAAAAGCUUUAUUUUACGCACGUGAUUUACUAAUUGCAUUAUCUUCGUGACACAGCGUAUUAUAGCGAUACGAUAGGUAAGAUUAUAUCACUCGCGUGUGAUUCGUGCUCCUCGCUAGACAGGAUGCAGCCCGGUCGUUUAUUCGGUGGUUAGCCAAGUUUGGUAUGACUUUGGCUCGUCUUCAGUUGAGUUGAAUCGGGGGAACGAGAACGAAUUCGGAGGAGGGGGGGAGGGGAGGAUGAGUGAGGGGCAGGGACGAAAGGGGAUUCCGUAAAUUGAAUGACUUGGCCUGUUAUCCGAGACUUCUUUGCUUUAUGCGCGUAGAAUCGGGCGAACGGGCGCAGAUUCUAUUAUAGACAAGAAGUCACCCGCGGCUGCCUAGCUACUACGCUCAAUGCCAUUUCCACAUGUAUUAUGCAUGUCCGGGCAAAUUUCGUCGUCUGCCGCGACGAGGGGGUAGAACCGUCGUCUUAUUUAUUAUUUACGUUUCCUUUGGCCGAUAAGCGGGCGAUCUUAACUUGGCUAUUUUAAGAAUAUGCCGACGCUUCGCCUCCUCCCUCGCGGCCCGAGAAUUAAACUGUGCUGCAGACUGUAUUAAUUUUUCAGCCGGGAUUAUCCGCCGGCGCAAUUUAUAUCGGAGGCGAGAGAAAUAUCGCGUAUACAUAUCUCGUAAUGUGAAGUCUUUUAAUUCCGCUCGCAUCGCGAUUGUGCGCCGUGCGAGCUCGUUACGUAUACACGUGCAAAUUAUAAUAUAUAGUAUAUACGUAAACAUUAUUUAUGAAUUCUUUACGCGAAAAUAUCACGUAGCGCGUAAAUUGCAGUGUAAUAAGAUAUUGAUGAUAAUGAUACGUGCGCACUGCAAAACUAUAUGUAAAUAAACCAAUAUAAAGUCCGCCUACAUGACGAGAGAAGUUGCAAUAAUACAAGAUAAUUAAAUUUGUUUAUCGAAUCUCGGGGAGAACUGUACGAAUGAUAAUCAAUCUAAAAGACUUGCAUAAUAUGAAAAAAAUAAAAAAUAUAUAUUGAUAUAUUAUUUAUGUUAUUCGAUUACAUUUAGAAUAUAUAUGUUGUUUUUAACGAUAUAAAAAAAUACCGCAGAAGAAAAUUGUUUGUAUCGAAAAGAUGAAUAUUAUGAUUGGUAAAAUUUGUCUCGUGUUUAUUAUUUUAAAAGAAAUUCGAGAUUAACAUUUUUUUAAACGGAUGGCACUACAUUAUUAAGUUAAUAAUAAUAUAUUAUCCCAUUGAAACAAGUUGACGAUCUCUAAAUAAUCAAGGAAACAUCGCGUAUAUAAAUUAUGUAUUAUAAUACACAGUUAUUUAUAAUUUUAAUACCUUGAUCUGUUGAUCAGUACAUAGAUGAAGCAAAAUAAAAUUCUCAAUUAACUCAUAUACAUACAAUCAUGAAUAAUUUAUUCCUUUUUUCCUCCCCACUGAUACAAGCUAUAUCUUUUUGAACCUUUCUCGUCACUGUGUAUCGGAAUGAACUGCCCGGCCCUUAAUAACACAAUUUCACUUUUCGCAACAAGAUUACCUCGACGAUAGGUAUCCGCCGUAGCUUUAGAAACAAUUACCGAUCUUUGAUAUUGCACUAAAUAUUUCAUCGUCGUAGCACGCUGUUAAAGGGUAGUUUCAAGGGUACUUAAUCGUCUGCCGGUUAGGACUUACACGAAACUUGCGUUGCCCAGAAUUAGAUUAUAGUUAGUCUCGUAAAUGUUAAUCCUUAACGAGUUGCCAGAUAGAGCGAAAUAAAAACUUCCCGCUGACCCAGAUACCAAGUUGCGAUACUUGAGCUAAUUCCCGGGCUUUGCUCUUAUCAUCUCCAACGGUCGUAGACAAGCGUUGUUUAUCAGGGGGAUGUCAGUUUUACCGCGGGGCAAGAUAUCCUCGAAUAUCCCCGCACAAUCAAGUUUCUUCUCUUCUCUUUCCUCCCUCGCUUCCCCCCUCCCCCCUUCACUCCUCCUGACCCUUCUUUUCGUGUCGAUCCCUCUUCACAACUUUCUUCCUCUCGGCAAUAUUCCCGGUGCCGAAAAACGCCCCUAUCCCGGGCUCGUCCGUUGCGAGGUAGGAAAAAAAGGGGCGCCCGAUUUCCCGGAGAAAAUGACGCGCGCCGCCAUACGGGAUAUUACUUGCCGCGGAUGUUAACGUCCGUUGCAUUUUUUUGCGGACGCGACGGGAUGGGCUGCCGCAGGGAGGGGGUGGGGGAGAAGGGGUGAGAGAGAGAGAGAGAGAGAGAGAGGAGGGCAGCAGCGGCUUUGGACGUGGUAUAGCUGUGCCAGAUAGCGGGAUGCUGUAAAUCUGUGCAUUAUACAUGACAGUGAGAUCAGCGCCAUUUGUUAUUCCCCGACGGAGCGCGGAAAAAGAGACGUGAAAAAUUACCGGAGGGCGCGGCAAGCACUUACUGAAACGAGGAUAUUGGGGAAAAUUUCUGGACAGCGGUGGCGAGGAGAGGGACUUGGCAGAAAUCUCGCGGUGCCGCGGGAUGGGAUCGAAAUUAUCGUUGGCGCAAUGCGUAGUGUCCCGCCCUCCGCGGAUAUGCACGCCGUAUCCCCCGUGUCGGUAUACUCGCGUACGCUCUCGUAUAUACUCUCUGGCACCCGGGUUAACGGGUAUAACGAUUGCAAAUUGUUAUUAGUUCGCGGCCAUGUGUAACGUUUCCGACGCGCCUCUCCGCGAGCCGUGUUUUCCGCGUACAAGGUACUUUUGCGUUCGAUUACAGGGCUACGUAUAACAUUAUACGAGGUACUCGCGGUUAAUUUGACGGGCUAAUCUAGUAUCGAUUUUCAAUCAAUCAGUCGAUGCGUGUUUAGGCGGAAUUUUCAGAAUUGACUGCGGCGCUUUGCUUUUCGCUUUUGAAAUAACAUCGCGGUAAACAAAACAGACGGUGGACUUGCAAAAGGAUCGCGAGUUUUUUUUUUUUUUUAAGUAUUCAUCUAUCUUAACGCUAAUUCAUGUAAAUCGCGCGUAUUAGUGAAAGAUUAGUCGUACAUUUGGUUUUGUUGUUCUUUUCUUGUUCUAAAGAGACUUUAUAAUUGUAGUGGUUUAAGACCGUACGCACAUUCAUUAGUUCUUGGAAUGACAGUUACAACAUUGUAUCUAUGUAAGAGUUUUAACGAAUUAUUAAUGGCCCCGACAUUGUUUAUCUUGUCGCCUAGUAAAUUUCAGGUCUUAAUUCUGUCGCAAUAGACCGAGCACGCUGUGCUUCCACGUGAAAUACGAACUCGUCGAAUUGCUUGUUUUGCGGAUAAAUUUACCAAGGAAGGAUGCACCGUGCUCUAAGAAAUAAACGCGCCGUUGGCAAACGUAUCGUUUUCUUGUUACCUCCCCUCCCCAACUUUCUUUGAAGGAUAGUUCCACUAUAUUUCUUCGCCUGAGGAGAAAAAUAUAUAUUGAUACAAAGCGACGAGAAGAAAUAUUGUUAAUACACUAAAAACUAUACAUACAAAUAUAAUAGCAAAGUUACGCAAUAAAGUCACGUAUAAGCAAUGUAACUUUGAAAGAAAUUGGGUAACGCUAGAAUAAAUGCGACCUCACGACAUUUUCCGCUAACGGCUGAAUGACUUUCAUCAAUUUUUAAAGUAUUCGUAAUCAUUGACCGUGUAACGCUAUGUCGAAUAUCAUAAUUUAAUAUUGCUCGAGUAAUAUCGAGUAAUAUUAUGUCGAGCAUGGAAAAUCUAAUCCUUUAUUUAACGCGUUCUAGACAGUAUACGAUAAUUCGUGCUAAUCAAGCUGAUUGCCCUGGCGACGAUCGUGUCAGGCGCGUCAGAGAACGUCGAAAAGUCGCCGGAUGAAAGCGGGCGAGUGUACCUGGCGAGAUUCGUCGCCGAUUUAAUUAGCCGGGCACGGUAAAUCUAGUCGGGACGUAUGGAUGCAAAUUUAAUAUUCACUUCUCUUUCGCAGCCAGUUUGUCAUUUCUCUUUUUUUAUCACGAGUGGGUGGCGUUAUUUACCUUCCGCGCGUGGCAUUAAAAAAAAAAAAGAGAGAGAGAGAAGAAAAAGGAAGUUGACGUACAAACUGCAGUACCGUGUCGGACGUGUCCCGGGAGGAGGCCGUUGAUGCAGGCGGCGCGAAAUCUGAACGCGAAUGAGCGUGCAGGUGUCCGUAAAUAAACUUGCAUCGAGCUUGUGCGGCAAACCGGCGAACGUAAAAGGGCAGCUCCAGUCCGGAAGGAGCUCAUAUGGAAUGGCAUCGCGUGGGCCGUCGUCGCUGUCGACGCUGCCGAUCGCGAUAGCGAUGGCUGCCGUGAUGACAGUCGUGGCUAGUGGCCUCUGCCCGGCGCGAUGCCGAUGCGACGACGAGAGCCUACGGGUCUCGUGCGCCUACGCCGGCCUUGAGGUCGUGCCGAUUCAGCUGAACCCGGAGAUCCGCCACUUAGACCUGUCGAACAAUCGCGUGACCAACGUGCACCUCAGUUUCGGCUUCUACGGGAAUCUGGAGAGCCUUGACCUGAGCUCGAAUGCCCUUCACACGCUGGGGUUGGCGAACUUCGCCAUGCAGCAAAACCUGCUCGCGCUUAACAUCAGCAACAAUGUGAUCCACACUUUGGCGAGAACCACCCUAGACGGGCUGACGUCGUUGAAGGAAUUGAACUUGGCCGGCAAUGAUAUCUCGGAGAUAUCCAAGCAGGCGUUCAAGUCUACCAGCGAGCUGGAGAUGCUGAACCUAAGCAACAAUUCGCUCACAAGUCUGAGCGGCGAGUUGCUGAAGAACUUGCACAAGAUACGAACUUUGAUUUUGAACAAGAAUGCGCUGUUGGAUGUGCCGACGAGCAAUUUGGCUCUUGCACCGAGCCUCGAGCGCGUAGACUUAUCGGAUAACUUGAUACUGGAGCUCGACCGAGAUUCCCUGCCGUCGUUACCCUCGCUGGUCUCCCUAAAUCUGGCGAACAACGUCAUCAGGUACAUCGCUGACGACGCCUUCGACCAUCUGCCGGAUCUUCUGUAUCUGGACUUGUCCGGGAACAAUCUGACUUCCGUGCCUACGGCCGCUCUGGCCAGAUUGACCGUUCUGACGGGUCUCGUUUUAAGCGAGAAUCCUCUCGGGUCCCUGGAGGCCGUGGCCUUCCGCAACUUGUUCGAGCUGAGGAACUUGGAGCUGAACGACUGCACGAUCUCGAACGUGAACGCGCGGGCCUUCGCCGACAACGUGAACCUCGAGCGCAUCUCGAUGGACGGCAAUCGAGAACUGAGGGUACUGCCGGCGCGAGUCCUCUACGGGGCCCGGUACCUCAAGUGGGUCUCGCUGCGUCGAUGCAGCCUGGCGACCCUACAGCCGACGCAGUUCCCCGUCGACGGUCUGUCGCAUCUACGGGUCGGCGGUAAUCCUCUGGUGUGCAACUGCUCGGUGCAUUGGCUGUGGAACGUGAUUCGCGCCGAGGAGCGACGGAAUGAGACGCGGCUCGAGCUGGACAUCCACGACAUCGUCUGCAACGACGAGGAGUUCCGCGGCAGAGAGCUGAUCGCGCUAACCGAGGGCUCGCUGCGGUGCCGCCUGAGCCCCCUGUAUCUAUCGCUGUCGGCCAUCGGCUGCUUCCUGGCGGCCGCGGCCGUGCUCACCCUGAUCGCGCGGCUGACUCGCGCGAAGAGGAAGAGACGGUCGCUGGCGUACGCGGCGCCGAAUCGUCCCGAGUUCCUGGUCUACGUCGGUAGGGGCGACAACGGGCUGGACAAGGGCGCCGAGUCGUACAGCCGCCGGCUGUUAGCCAGGAACAACGAGGACAUCUCGUACGACUCGCCGCGCGGCAAGGUGGCGGCCGCCCUGGCAGCGGCGGCGGCGGCGACGACGGCGACAACGACGACGGAUUACAGCCCGCAGUCGCGGGAGACGAACAUCUACGAGACGCCGCGGUACGCGCGGCCCGGACGUCGCGACGCCGUCGAGCCCACGUCGCAGGACAAGCAGCUUCCGGCGGAGGAGGGGGUAUACGCGGUGGCGGAUGUCACCGAUCUGCGGGACGAGCCGCCGGAAGUGCUGUCGCUUUAUCGCGCGCGCGGUCCGCCUGCCGGUAGGUCGGGGAACGCCCUUCAUCGGCGACUGGACUACGGUUACAAUUACGAGUACGAUUACGAUUACGAGCCGACGGCACCGUCGUCGCCGCCACCGUCUCCGCCGCCGCCACCGCUGCCCCCGCUAUCCGAGAAACCGCACGUCGUCUUUGUAUGAAAGGGGUGCCGGUGGCGGGCGGCGGCGGUCCGGAGAUCGUAAUACGUAAGCCGCUGGUGGUGGUUGGUCCAGCUGCGACGGUAAUCAGCGAAUCCGCGGGAUAGUCUAGUCGUUAGGCGGAACCGGAUACACCAUCGACUCCGUAUCACGGGCCUUUAACUAUCUGAAACUGUCUCGGGAUUAUUGCCACGGCGGCGGCGACGUCUUGAUACUCUACACUCGAGUCGCCGUGUACGUGACGAGGGGACACCCAUCGGGGAUGUGUGUGCUUGGGAGGGGGGGAAGUGAGGCUACGAGAAUGGCGCGAGAUAUUCGUAAGAUUCACCCUCUCUUCUUCCACCCCCCACCCCCCCGGGAUUGUCCGGACCGUCAUUUAAAUGUUAAAUUUACGAUAUAUACAUUUGAAAACGAUUGCAUCGGUCCUACCCUAUAGUUUACUCUCGUUAUGUCGGUCGUUACGUCUUACUGCAUACGAGGACCAACGAACUGCAGGUGCACUUCAGCUGCACGGCUGAACGUUCGAGCAACGGUAACGUGUUCGUUCACAAUGGGCACGGACGGACAGAGACGGGAAAGAAAAGGGAAGCCGCGGAGGGGGGGGGGGGAGAACGUUUCCUGAACAGUUUGUAAGACGACGGUAAAACCGCGGCGAGGGUGGCGUCGAGAUUGUGCUUGGACAUUACUUUCCACUUGGCGUUAGAAGAAUGAUCGAUACCGUCGCCGUCGUUGUCGUCGCCGUCGUUGUCGCCGUUGUUGUCCUCAGGAAAGCGGAUUAUCCGAAAUUCUGUUGCUCGAACGAGAACGGGUGGUGCUUUUGGCUCGUAAGAAAGCGGCGGGGUUACGGCGCGCGGCACGCUGAAAUUAUCCCCCGAGGACAAACAGAAGCAACCGUGGACGAGUGAAAAUGAAAUGUCUUCCGAGAUAGUUGCGUCGCUGCUAGACAGAGUGAAACAGUGUGCGAGAGGGAGAGAGAAAGAGAGGGAGAGAUAGAGAGAGAAAGUGAAACAGAAUGAGAGAGCGAGAGAGAGAGAGAGAGAGAGAGAGAGCCAGGAUGCAUUCUCACUGAGGGAACACAAUCUGACUCGGAAUGUAAAUUGUGCGGGAGCACUAGAGUGCGUUGUAGCGGGUCGUGAGAGGGAAAGAGAAUACGAGAGGACCCGUAUUUAUUUUGCGAGGAUUGCGAGUUGAAAUCCGCUGGCUCAGUGCGAAUGCAGUGGCCCGAUUUUGCCCGGCGAGCGUUCGUUCUGUCGAAUCCGUUUGAACAAGUAGUGACAAAUCAAAUCAAAGCUGCGUCGCGUUAGUCGAUUAAAGGUCCUCUUCUAGAGAGUUUACUAGUACUUAGAAAUUAAUAACUCUUCGUAAGAUCCGUUCCAGACUCGGGGUUCACAACUCAACUAUUGCCAGCUACGUCACAAUCGCUGUAGGUGUUGAUUAUUGGGCUUUUAUUAACCUCCCCUAUCUUCACCCCGGAGAUCCCAGUACCCGAAACAUUCGUUUAACCUCGGACUCGGUUUCGCGCGUAAAUAUUUGAGUAUCCGGAUCCGAAUAUAUAUCUUUAUAUAUCUUGGGUAGCUCUAUCUUCAUACAUGAAUUUUCACACAAAUUAUUGAUUAUUCGGCUAACAGAUGAACGGCGAAUAUGAAUUAUUAAACUUCGAUGUUUAUACAUGAAACUGAUUUGGAUAUUUAUGGUCUAUAUCGAUUAUUAGAUCUUUUACUCCUGUAUUCGAACGUGUAUCCGGAUACUCGAAGUGCUCAAAGUUUACAAAUUUGAGCUGCAGUUGGAAGAACGCCAUUAAUAAAAAAAAAGCGAUAAGUUGUCCGCUAGAAAAUUAUGUUAACACGUUCCUCCACACGAGACACGCUUAUGGGAGCAAAUUACGUUAUAAGUCGUAAUACGUCGCGAAUCCUUCUUUCCCUCUUUUGCGACCGACAGAGGGAGAGAUCCCUCGUUCGUACGAAGUAAUUGUAAAUUGAAGCAAUAAUAGUUACGACCUUUACUCUGUAAGCACAUUACACACCGAAUAUAUUUAGGGACAAUUACAAAGGACACAUUUAUACGAAGCAUAAGCAAAUAUAUAUACAUACGAAAAAAUAUAAAUAUAAAAAUAUAUAUUUAUUUAUUAAUUUAUGAUGUUAAGUUUGGAAAGAAAGAUGUUACGUUUUGAAUACGAAAAUAUACUCAAUGCAGUACGAAUAAAGUGCGUACGUUUCCGUUAUAGGAAUCGAACUGGCUCGUACUCGCGACUCGUUAUAGCGACUCCGUCUUGCGCCACGAUGAAGGCAGGCGCCGCGUUCCUGACGGAAGUUGUUACGCGAAUCCGCGAUUACGAUCCUGACAACCUAUUUGUGUAUGUGUUUUUCUUUCUUUUUUUUUUUUUAAAUUUGCACACGCCUCCAAACGCAUCGCGUUCACGAAACCUAACGGAAUAUGCAAAACUUCCUAAUUGGAUCCGCUUGUAAGGCAACUUCGUGAGUAAUAGUAGUAGUAAUAGCAGCAGCAGUAGUGAUAGUAGUAGUAGUUUGCAGCACCCGGAGAUUAAGUCUCGUUACUGAAUCGCAUUUUCCUACUACGGGUCGGGGAGCUCAAACUUUCACAAUGACAGAAUUUAAAGGGAGAGAAAGGAGGAGGGAGAAAGAGAGAGAGAGAGAUUAAGGACGCUUUUUUGAAAACGUCAACGUUCGUUUGGCGAGUCUCGAGACGAAUAAAAGGUGAUAAAUUUUAAAUUAAGACGAUAAAAGAAAAGUGUACCGAGAUUAAUACUUUCCUAUCGUUAUGCGCAUUCUUCUGUAUAAUUAAUUUCUCGAUAAUAAAUGAGAGCGGAUCAUUACCGUCAUGAUGGCGUAGGUUCGUUAUUAUGCGUAUCAAUCUAGCGGUCAAGGGUAUCGACGGAAACAGAACGGAGCUAAUUUCGUAGUUAUCGAAAUAAAUUUGAGUGUCACAAGUUCCGAGGGAGAUCACUAGUAGUAAAAAUUAAAGAAACAUUUCAUUGUUUGCGCGAAAUGGAAGUUACCCUUCUUCGUAAAUCGUGGAAAGUCAAUUUCCUUGAAAUACGCAACUGCGUGGUGCUUUAACGAGACCACAUAGAGAGAUUCUCGUUCCCGAAUCGCGUCGCUCAGCGAAUAUGCGGACGGUAUCAUAAAAAAUGUAUGGAAACCACCGUUCUCUUCCCGUUCGAAAUGUUCACAGUUUCCCGUAGAAACGGCAAUCCCCAUCGAUUCGCAUCAACGUUUGUUUGCGUCGAAUGGCGGCCGGACGGUCGUUUAAAAAAAUGAUGUUACUCAGCUGCGCGAAAAAAAGGAGAAAAAAGGAAGAGAGAGAGAGAGAGAGAGAGAGAGAGAGAGAGAGAGAAAGAGAGAGAGAAAGAGAGAAAAAGAGAAGAAAACCGCCGGAACUAUAUUUACGAGAGCCGUGAAAGCGUUUAGCUUUAAUGCGAUUAGAAUGAAACAUUUGGAGCUCGUGUUCUCGUAUGCAGGCUCCUCUCACAAGCCUUGCUUCGUCCUGGGAGCGCUUGGUGCUCUGAAAAAUUCAUUUCAUCCCGAAGCGAGAAGCCCCAAUAAAAGAGAAAGAGAGGAAAGGAGAGAGAGAGAGAGAGAGUGAGGGGGAGAGAGGAAGGCUUGAAUGAAAAUCCCCCUGUUAACGUGCUUCCCGUGUGCGGUCCACUGACCUAGCGAGCUGCAUCAUGAGCCUUCCUGCUUUCGGCGGCCACCGGAACGGAUCGUCUGUCUUGGCCUGCUAAGUCUCGAAGUUCCGACGCGGAAUGCGCAAUCGAUCGUCGUAGUUUAACUCGAAAGUCGGCGACUAACUCUACUUCUUUGAUUAUGCCAAGAGUUUUACGACUAACCGUCUGGAAGAGUAGGAAGAACUAAAAGGAGAAAGAUAGAAAAAGAAUGAGGGGGGGGGGAGAAAGUCAGUAAAUUCUCGACUUUUAGCUUUAUUAGAAUUUUAAGGGAGAUCGAUUUUAAAUAUCGCACAUAUUGUGAGAUAAAAUAAAAUUAAUUAAAUCAACGAGAUUUUUCGUUAACUGAGAGAUAUAAAAUAUAUUAAAAUAUAAAAUAUUAAAAGUGGUACAAUUAUAUUUACAGAAAUGCGGAGGAGAGAUAUAAUCUGCGGAUUUUAUCUCUCCUUGAUGCUUGAUGCACUUCUGUAAAUGUAAUUAUGUUAUUUCAAAUAUUUAAAUAUGUUUAUAUUUCUCAAUUGGCGAAAAAUCUUUUUAUUAUUUUUAUGCACGAAAGCAAAACUCAUUUUGAAUGUAAUUGGAGUAUUAGCGAAAAUAAUUUGUGUAUUCGAUGAUUAAUGCAACGUAUUGUUCGGAUAUUGCUUUAAAUAAGUUUUAACUAGAAUUUAUUGAGAUAAUCAAAGGUCGAAAUUCUAAUUGAACAUAUAGGUCGCGUCUCUUUGUUUCUUUGUCACUUGAACAUUAAGAAACAGGGAUGGGAGAGGGAAUUAAAUUCGAUCCAAUUUACAACUUUGAUUACCGACAUUAGGUGUUCAUCUCCAACCAUUUCUCUAUCUCAUCCCUCUCUCCUUCUCUCUUCCUCUUUCCCUCUUUCUCUCUCUCUUUCUCUGUCAUUCAAAUCGCGCGAUUAAACUUAAAUUGUGAGCAAGUAUUCACGAUACGUCUAUGCCGCUCGGGCUAAGACCCUCCCCAUCGGCAUUUCCAUUUACGUUUGUUUCGUAUAGAAAUUUCAAGACUCCACUUCAUCACGAUUAUAAACCAUGGUCUCUAAGUAAUCACCGCAGAUAAAAUCUCAACUCCUUCGAACGAACCGAGAGACUAGACUUUCCGGACACGUAUCCAGCAAUGAAGAUACCGUCGGAAAUGUGAGCUCUGAGAGUAACUCCGAAGAGUAAUUAUAUAUGAGCCUGUAGUAAUUAAACAUGAACCUUUUCUAACGCGCAGCUCGUGUAACACACUGAUGACUUUCCAAGAGACUUAUUUUUAACAUCUCUCGCAUGCUACCUUUCGUCCUUAAUCACAUCCGGCGCCUAUCUGUUUAUCUGCUCAUCCAACAUGUCGAGAUUAUUCGAGAAUUCGAGGAUUGGAGAGGACCACCCCUCGAGUGCGGCUCGAAAUAUUCGAUCCGAAAGUAUCUCCACGUUUGCCUGCCCUUUCUCUCUCUCGCUUGGUUAGUCAAGAUCCUCCUCCGAUGGCAUUUCGCCCGACUCGUUAGUCAUGGUAGUUAGUCAUGCUACAUGCAUCUCGUCUCGAGAACGACCAAGAGGAAGACGAGGGGGAAGUGGCGGCGCUUCAUUCCGAAAGGGGUUGGCGGGAGCCACCCUGAGAGGAAUAAAGAUCUCGCGAGCGUUCUUCCUCGCUCUUCCUCCACUUUUUCCGCUCAUCCGCGAGUGACCCCUUUUCUCCCUUUCGUCCCUCGAAAUCGCACUUCGGAGACUUCGAUGCGUUUGAGGCGUGCCGCUGCUGCACCGCGGCUAUUUUUGUAUGUACAUACAGCCCGUGUAACAUGUCGGAUGUUCUAGUCGGCGUCAGAACGGUCGAAGAACAUUCUUUUUCCCUUCGUCCCGCAGAAAACGUCUCUAUCCGUCGAGUUUAUAUCCCGUGUAAAUUAAAGAAGGGUGUAACAGGUGUACCACCAGCUUGUUAAGAUAUUAGCCAACACCCAAGUCUCUAUAAGUUCCGGCCGAUAAAUCACCGCGCGCAAUACGCAUUUCAAAACCCUGUAACGAUCUUACUACUAUUAUUACCUUCGUGAUUUAUAUAACAGUGAGCUUGCGAAAAAAAAGUUGCCCGUAAAAUAACGUCCGAACGCCGUUCCGACGCCGAUAAAUCACGACGACGUAUCCUCACGUGCGUAAACGUCCAUAUGCGAGUGUGUGCCCGUUUUACUUGUUCCCCGUUUUUGCGUGCGUGCGUGCGUGCGUGUAUGGUAUGUCCACGACGCCGGUUUCGUAAUAACGGCAAUACGAUCGUUCCCGAAAUAUUCCCGACGGCUCGAAACUCCCGUAUAGAACUUGGGGUAGAAUUCGAGACACCAGAAAUAAAGGCGAUUAGGUGAGUCGCUACAAUAAAGAUAAACCGGCGCGGAAAAUAGAGCUCGCACGAGGACACCCCGCCGUGCGUUAUGAGACCGGCACGUGUGAUUCGUGUUGCUCGUAUGUGUCGUAUGUUCUUACCUCUGUCUUCGUCCUCGUCCGAACGUCCCCCUGUAUUCUUCGGCUGCCUUGCGUCCUCUCAAGCUUGAAAAAAAAAAGGAAGAAGACCAAAGUACUGUUUUCUCUCGUCGCGUGGAUAUAAUGCAAUGUACCUUUUCACCAUUUUGCACCCUCCGCAUCGCCGUAGUGAAACGUGAAUAACUUGCGUUUCCGGUAGAAUGUUCGAUUGACGUGCCGAUUGGAGAGAAUAGCUGUUUGGAUUAUAGUUUAUUUUACGUGUUAACACUCAGAUUUGGAGCUGGAAUAAUUCAAUACAAUGUUUUAUGCAAGUGCGCCUUUUUUUUUUUUUUUUUUUUUGUAAAUGAUACAAUAUACGUAAUAGCUUUAAUAAAAACGAGAAAUCGAAUUUCUCUCGUUCCGAGAGAAAUCAAACGGUGUAUUUAUUACUAUUUACAGCUGUUUGUAUUGUUAAUAUUUAUUUAUAUUACAAUUAGCGUUUUUUAUUCUGUUGUUUUCACUGUCACUGUCAUAUGUUCACAUAUAGGAAUUUUGAAAUUUAAAGAUUCUAUUUGUAGCAUCGCGUAUUAUGACAAAUUUAUUGCUCCAAUUGCACGAAAACGUGUCAUUUCGUUUAUAAUGAUCGUUGACCUAUCGGAAGGUUCUUAAUCGGAAUAACAAGCAUUUUUGUGUCAUCUAUUUUAUUUGCAUUCGAAUUCUUUAAUGUUGCCUAUUAAUGUAACGAAGAGCAUGAUACAUUUUGGGAAAAGGUGUUCAGUAAAGAUUCUUGUUUAUAUCGCUGAGUGUGAAAUUUGGAAAGGAUGAAUAUCUUCUACAAUCUACGGGACAAGCAUGUAAUCAUUAAUGGACUUGUUGGACGCACGAUAGACAUUGGGUUUUGAUGAACGACGGUACAUUGUACAUUGCAUGUGUCUCACCGCACUUUUUAGUAACGUAGUCAUAUUUAGAUCUACCUACUAUCCUCUCCUGAUAAAGAGAUCGCGUAGCUAUCAAGAUAUGUCGAUUCAUAGUUCUUACUGUAAUCUAGUCUAGACACUUUGAAUUUCUACGUUUAACGCUUCGCGCUUGAAAUUCUUCUGACCUUUAAAAACGAGCUACGGAUUUAUAUACUUACGAAAAUAUAAUGCGUGUACACAGGGUGGUCCCAAGUCUGCAACUAUGCUUCACGCAGUGAGGGCCGAUUCAAAAUUUGAUUUUUCUUUAAUAAAAAUGUCGACGGAAACAUUAACAAUCUCUAUGUUAUAUCGCGAACAAUUAAAAAUUAAAGGUUCUCUUCGAAUUAAACUUCGCAGUCGUUAGAGUACGUGUUAAAACCUCGCGCUCCAGUAAAUUUCAGUGAACUUUACUUAAACGGAACUUUAAUUAAAAACUACGUUAUAGCAAGUUGUUUAAUAUUAAACAUUGAAAAAUUACGGGCGCAAAUAGUGUCUAAUACAAUUUUUAUCGGGGAAAAAAAAUCGACUCGAGAUUAAUCAGAGAGUCUCGGUGGAGCACAAAUGCAAAAUUGGGAACAAUUCCCCUGUGUGUACAACAUAUACAAAAUCUAAAUAUACGUAUAUAUAUGCAUGCACAUGUGUACUUUCAGAUAUUCGUGUCUGAACGAUUUUUUGCGUGAACACGAAAUACUUGAAAUAAUAUUUUAAGUAAUUACGUAUACAAAAUUUCGUACAUUGCUAAGAAAAAUGUUCAAGACAUUUAAUAAAAUUAUAUUCAGUAAAAAAA